CUCACCGACAUCAGCCUCCUGCAUACCACUUCCGACUCUCCACGCUCUCUCAAGCCCAUCCCCCCUCCCCCUCUCCCUCUUUCGCAUCUUCUGCGCACCUUUCGCUCCGCUUGACUCUUUCCUUAAAAGGAGCGGCCGGCAAGAUGCAGAUGCUCACCAAGUUUGAGAGCAAAAGCCCACGCGUCAAGGGGAUUGCCUUCCACCCCAAGACACCGCUCCUCGCUGCGUCGCUGCACAAUGGCACAAUCCAGCUGUGGAACUACCAGAUGGGUACGCUUGUCGACCGGUAUGACGAACACGACGGUCCCGUCCGCGGUAUCUGCUUCCACCCGACGCAGCCUAUCUUCUGCUCGGGCGGCGACGACUACAAGAUUAAGGUGUGGAACUACAAGCAGCGCAAGUGCUUGUUUACUCUCACCGGACAUCUCGACUAUGUGCGCACCGUCUUCUUCCACCACGAGUACCCGUGGAUCAUCUCGGCGUCGGAUGACCAGACGAUCCGCAUCUGGAACUGGCAGAGCCGCACCUGUAUCGCCAUCCUCACCGGCCACAACCAUUACAUCAUGUGCGCCCAGUUCCACCCAUGGGACGACCUCGUUGUGUCGGCAUCCAUGGACUUGACGGUGCGCGUGUGGGACAUCUCUGGCCUGCGCAAGAAGAACCAGGCGAGCUCGGCGCCCAUGAGCUUUGAGGAGCAGAUGUCGCGGGCGAACCAGGGCCAGGCCGACCUGUUCGGCAACACAGAUGCCGUCGUCAAAUACGUGCUUGAGGGCCACGACCGCGGUGUCAACUGGGCUAGCUUCCACCCCACCCUGCCGCUUAUCGUGUCGUGCGGUGACGAUCGCCAGAUCAAGCUGUGGCGCAUGUCCGAGACCAAGGCGUGGGAGGUCGACAGCUGCCGCGGGCACUUCAACAACGUUUCGAUGACGUUGUUCCACCCGCGUCACGAGCUUAUUCUCUCGGCGUCGGAGGACAAGACGAUCCGUGUCUGGGACAUGACCAAGCGGACGGCUGUGCAGACGUUCCGCCGCGAGCACGACCGCUUCUGGGUAUUGACCGCGCACCCCGAGCUCAACCUCUUUGCUGCUGGUCACGACAACGGUCUCAUCGUGUUCAAGCUUGAGCGCGAGCGCCCCGCCUUCUCUCUGUCAGGCAACAGCCUCUUCUACAUCAAGGACAAGGUUAUUCGUAUGGCAGAUCUGUCGACUGGCACCAACCAGGGCAUUUGCUCAGUCCGCAAGCUCGGCUCGCAGUACAUCCAGCCGCGCACGCUCAGCUACAACCCUGCCGAGCGGGCUGUUGUCGUCACAUCUACCUCCGACAACGGUGUGUACGAGCUCAUUACACUGCCCAAGUCGAGCGCCCCAGUGUCUGGUGACGGCAAGGACACCCCAUCUGACGGCCGCAAGGGCACUGGUAUCGCUGCCCUCUUCGUGGCACGCAACCGCAUGGCCGUGCUCGACAAGACCGCGCAGAACAUCGAGAUCCGUGACCUUUCCAACUCUCUUACCAAGACGGUUAAGUGCCCUGUCCAGACGAACGACAUCUUCUACGGCGGUACUGGAUGCCUGCUUCUCUCGUCGAGCAACUCGGUCGUGCUCUUCGACAUUCAGCAGCAGAAGGUCCUCGGCGAGAUCACUACGCCGCCCGUCAAGUACGUCAUCUGGAGCAACGACGGCAACCAGGUCGCACUCCUGAGCAAGCACACGAUCACCAUCGCCAACAAGGCGCUCGAGCAGACGGCUCUUAUCCACGAGACUAUCCGCAUCAAGUCGGCGGCGUGGGACGACAAUGGUGUCCUUGUGUACACUACUCUUAACCACAUCAAGUACGCCCUGCCCGGUGGUGACAACGGUAUCAUCAAGACUCUUGAUCAGCCGGUCUACCUUACGCGCAUCAAGGGCCAGGUCGUGCACUGCCUCGACCGUACCGCCAAGCCGCGCACCAUCCCCAUUGACCCCACCGAGUAUCGCUUUAAGCUUGCGCUCAUCCGCCAGAACUACGACGAAGUGCUGCAGAUCAUCCGCACUUCGAACCUUGUCGGGCAGAGCAUCAUUGCCUACCUCCAGAAGAAGGGCUACCCUGAGAUUGCGCUGCACUUUAUCCAGGACCCUCAGACGCGCUUCGACCUCGCGAUCGAGUGCGGCAACCUGCAGGUCGCGCUUGAGAUGGCUCGCUCGGUCGACCGUCCUGACGUGUGGGAGCGCCUUGGUGCCGCCGCGCUCAAGCAGGGCAACCACCAGAUUGUCGAGACGGCGUACCAGAGGUCUCGCGCGUUUGACAAGCUCUCGUUCCUCUACCUCGUCACCGGAAACACGCAGAAGCUCAACCUGAUGCAGACAAUCGCCACCAAGCGCGGCGACCAGAUGUCUCGCUUCCAGAACGCGCUCUACCUUGGCGACACUGAGGCUCGUGUUGCUGUCCUGCGCGAGACCGGGCAGUACCCGCUUGCGUACUACGCAGCCAAGACGGCUGGGCUCGAUGAACUCGCGGAGGAGAUCCUCGACGAGGCAGGCAUGACCGAGGAGGACGUUCCCCCGCCGCCCCCGAACGCCGGCUCAUCUAAACUCGCGCCCCCACCUGUUGUCUUCCCUCAGGCAGAGUCCAACUGGCCCAUCAAGAACCUGGGCGAGAGCUUCUUCGACCGCGCGCUGGCCAAUGGCGGUGUCGAGGGUCUCAUGGCGGCUGGCGAGCAGGCCGACGCUGCUAAUGGCGAGCAGCUUGACGCUUGGGCGAACGACGAGGAUGUUGCCGACGAGGACGACGAGGAGUUGGACGAGGACGAGGGCUGGGACCUUGAUGCCGAAGUGGUGGACACGGGGGCUGCUGCGGACGAGGGCGACGACAUCUUGGAGGCGGGCGAGGCCGAUUUGUCAGAAGGCGUCGCACCAGGAGUGGAUGAGGACGAAAUGUGGGUUCGCAAUUCACCGCUGGCAGCAGACCACGCUGCUGCCGGCAACUUUGAGAGCGCCAUGCAACUCCUCAACCGCCAGGUGGCCGCGGUCGACUUCAAGCCGCUCAAGCCUUUGUUCCUGCAGGCGUACCGCGCGGCGCACACAUAUGUGCCCGCGAACGCAUCGCUCCCUCCCCUCGAGUUCCACGUUCGUCGCAACCCCGAGACAACUGAGCUGCGCGAGGUUCUGCCCGCCAUCUCGCUCGACUUUGAGGAUCUCAAGGAGAAGGAGCUUGCUGAAGCGUACAAGCUGUUCAGCCGCGGGAAGUUUGCCGACGCGCUCACGCUGUUCCGCGAGAUCUUGCAGAAGUUGCUGCUUACCGUCGUCACGAGCGAGGAGGCCGCUGCCGAGGUCAAGGAGCUUGUCAAGACGGCACGCGAGUAUGUCAUCGGUCUGCGACUGGAGACGGAGAGGCGAACACUCGUGGCCCAGGACCCCGAAAACACUGUGCGCAACCUCGAGCUCGCGGCGUACUUUACCCACUGCGGGCUGCAGCCACAGCACGUGCAGCUCGCGCUGCGCAGUGCGAUGAACACAUUCUUCAAGGCCGGCAACGUCGCGACCGCCGCCGUGUUUGCCCGCCGUUUCAUCGACACGAACCCGACAGACACGCGCGCUGUUACGCAGGCUCGCAGCAUCCUCGCGCAGGGCGACCGCAACCCCCGCGACGCGCAUGAGAUUGCGUACGACCAGUUUACGACGUUCACGGUCUGCCCUGUGUCGCUCACCCCCAUCUACCAGGGGUCGCCGGCGGCUGUGGCGGCAUACACUGGCGCGCGGUACCUGCCCGAGUACCAGAACACUGUGUGUGUUGUCGACGGAGUGACGCAGGUUGGGCUGCCGGCCAGCGGUAUGCGGAGUAUGGUGUAGGUUUAGAGAAUGAAUUGUGCAUCGAGCUGUGAGUGCGUGGGAGUGGUAUGUCAGG